AUGGGCAUUUCGAUGAAUGUUGCUGCAAUCCUCUGUCUGGUAGUCAUAGCUGGUGCAGCUAUAAGGACCACCGACGCUAUGGUUUUCACAUCGAAGAUCUCGCUCCACCUCGACGCGGCGUGCGGCCUGUUCAUGGAAGAGCUCAUGGACGAGGGAGGCAAGUGCGACCCCGACGUCAUCGAGGAAGUCAUGGACGAAGCCGACGAGAUCGAGGGACUCGGCGGCAUCGACGGCGAGAAGAUCGAGGAUUACCUGGAAGAGGCCGAGGAGGGCAAGAUGUGCUACUCACCCGACGGCGAGAACGUGACGAACUUGAAGGAUGGGUGCUCGGCCAUGGAGGCAGUCUGUAACGAGCAAGCCAACGUGAUGUACUGCAAGGAAAUGGCAACCGUCACCAAUACCCAGUAAACCAAAGCACCCAGAAGAGUUUCGCUUGAACUUGUGGUUUCCCUCAAAGAAAAUGGUUUUCCAGUUUUUAAUACUGUAGCGACCUCUGAAGAAACCAUUCAUGAGUAUUGCAUAUAAUGGUAUUACGUCAUUAUUCAGCACCCGUGCGUUAUAAUUUCGAAUGGAAAAGGGGAUUUAAAAUCAAAUCAUUACUACCAGAAGUAUUAUUUCUCAUCGUCAACCAUAUUUAUUGUUUCUUUCUUUCAAAGUUGACCGGUACCUAACCUCCCAAAAAAUUCUUUCCUACUAAUUGAUCUGUUUGAUGAAUACUAUCAACCAUCAAAUUUAGAGAUAUCGACAGUCUUAGUUUAAAAUUUGUGGGCCAAACAUUUCUCGCCUUUCGAUGUGCAUGCCACAUUACAAAUUUCGAUAAGAGAAAACGAGGCCUUAUAAUUGUCAAGCGAUGCAUCCCUUUUUUUUUGUUCAUUCUCUUUGAUUGAGCGCAGUUUUUAUCUAAAACAUUGAGAAGAGAGUUAGACUG